UGUGUUUGUCAGUGUGAAGCAAAGGUGUGUGUUUAUCUGCUGCGUGUACACUUAAAGGUUUCCUCGAGGCCAGUGACAUUGACAAAAAAAGAUUUUAUUUUAUAUAUGUCAAUAAUGACGAACUUUUUGGGAUUACAUUUUGUGGCGCUGCUCUCAAUACUCUCAGCAGCAACUGUAAAAGGAGCAGAAUAUGACUACUACAAAUAUCAUCCCAUGGAGGAGAUCAGUAACUGGAUGGCACAGAUGGUGAUGGAUUACCCUGAUGUUGUUACCAUAGUGGACUACGGACAGACGUAUGAAAAGAGGACCAUCAGUUUGCUGAAGAUUGGUCUCGAAAGUGAGAAGAGAAAAAAAGCCAUCUGGAUGGACUGCGGCAUUCACGCCAGGGAGUGGAUUGCCCCGGCCUUUUGCCAGUACUUCGUCAAACAGAUCCUGCAAAGCUACAAAACCGACACAAAGAUUGAAACGAUGAUGAGGAACAUGGACUUUUAUGUCACACCGGUGCUUAACAUUGACGGCUACAUGUAUUCUUGGAAGGACAAUACGACUCGGCUGUGGAGGAAGAACAGGUCACCGGGACCUUCGGGCGACUGUUACGGCACUGACCUCAACCGCAACUUUGAUGCCAACUGGGGCACCAUAGGAAUAUCAUUCAACUGCUCUUCGAACAUCUAUUGCGGGUCCCAGCCUGUGUCUGAGCCUGAGGCGCAGGCCGUUACCUACUUUGUAGGAAGUCGAAAGGACGACAUCCUGUGUUUCCUCACGAUUCACUCCUAUGGCCAACUGCUGCUGGUUCCCUAUGGACACCCUAACUUCACCGCCCCCAACUACAAUGAGCUGAUGGAGGUGGGGCUGGCUGCGGCUACAGCCAUCUGGAACGUGCACAAGAAGAACUACACCGUUGGAGCUUCGCCCGAUGUUUUAUACCCCAACUCUGGGUCCUCCAGAGACUGGGCUCGGAUGCAGGGGAUCCCCUACACCUACACCUUUGAGCUGAGGGACAAAGGGGAGUUCGCCUUCGAGCUUCCAGAGGACCAGAUCCAGCCGACCUGCGAGGAGGCCUACGGCGGAGCUCUGCACAUCAUCACCUACGCCCACGACAAGACCUUCAGCGGUGCCGCGGUUACCGCGGCAGCCAGCUUCUGGAGCGUGCUGUUGGCAGCAGGCGUCGCCAGAGUCAACCUGAUGUCUUCCUGAGCACACCUGCGGGUUUUAUGCACUAUAUGAUGAAAAUCUGGAGUUCAAUAAAAGUGAAAAAGUAAAAAAUGA